UGAUCGAUUUGCGGCACCGUGGUCUCCGUGUUCUGUCCUUCACGGCAACCGUCUUGUUGUAGAGAGGCAGCAGCUAAAAAAAUGGCCAAACUAAGCAAAGAGACAAAACAACGUCUGCAACAGGUCUUCCAGUGCGGGCAGUUCGUUAUUCGGUGGGGUUUUAUCCCUACCGUUCUUUACCUAGGAUUCAAACGGGGAGCUGAUCCCGGAAUGCCAGAACCCACAGUCCUAAGUUUGCUUUGGGGAUGAAGAGUGACGACGAGCACUGCUGCUGCUGAACACCACCGAGCCGUGAAGCAUCCCUGCUCCCAGUGACGUUCCAUUUUUGGAUUGCACGGGGCGAGUGAAUCCCUACACCUCACCGCGGGAUCAGCAAAACUCUCUCCUCACACUCGUUGCCUGCUGCUUACAGAAACCCAGCUUCUCAGUGACUUCUGUGUCUAAGGGAGAUGGUUAAGAACACUGUCUGAACCUUGGUGUUUGGUAUACCAUUUGUCAUAUGUUUAAUUGAACGGUUUGUGCUGUUCUCUGUUGCUCCAGCAGUGUUUGUUAGUGUUUGCACCAACAUGAGCAAAGUAAAAAAAAAAAAA